AUGGCUAGUUCAGCAAAAAAACAAAAAGUGCAAGCUAGUAUGUGCAACAGAGAAUUUCAAACUUGGUGGACUGAGAAAUAUGGCAUGAUCAGUAAAGGCGACAAAGCAGUGUGUGUUUUAUGUUCUGGAACAGUGGUAUUUAGAACAUCGUCUGUAAAACGGCAUUUUGAAACAACUCACAGAUCCGUAAGUCAAAAAAGCGAACCAGAGCAAAAGGAAUUAAUUGAAAGUGCAAUGAAAGAAAGAAAUAAACAGUCGACGUCUAUGAUAAAAUAUGUUGGCAAAAAUUGUCAUACGAGCGCGGCAAGUUACUUGGCUGCAAAUAUUAUUGCUCGCCAUAGUAAACCAUUUCAAGAAGGAGAGUUUUUGAAAGAAGCUUGGUUAGCAUGCGCGCCCUCACUAUUCGAUGAUUUCGAUAAUAAAGAGAAGAUAAUUCAGCGCAUCAAAGAUACUCCUCUUUCUAGAAACACAAUGAAAGAAAGAAUCUUAAAACUGGCCAGAAAUGUAACAGAUCAACAAAAAGUUGACAUCAACUCAGCUCCAUUUAUAUCGUUAUGUCUUGACGAGAGUACUGACGUCACUAAAUCUGCACGAUUAGCUGUUUUUGCUAGAUAUUGCAUAGGAAACGUCAUUAAAGAAGAAUUCAUUGCGAUAACAUCGUUGCUCACAACUACAAAGGGCAAAGAUAUUUGUAUGGCUCUUAAAAAUUCGCUUACUGAGAAAGAAAUUGAUUUGAAUAAGAUUGUUUCAGUAACAACUGAUGGUGCUCCAAGUAUGGUGGGCAACAAAAAUGGUUUCAUAAGUUUAUUUCAAACAGACGUAGGACAUUCGAUUCUUGAAUUCCACUGCAUUAUUCACCAACAAGCCUUGUGUGCUAAGAGUGGUUUGACAUAUUUUGAUAAUGUAAUGGCGGUAGUCACAAAAAUUGUCAACCUCAUAUCGGCAAAUGCUUUGAAUAAGCGAAAGUUUGAUGCUUUGUUGGAUGAAGUCAAUUCGGUGUACAAUGGCUUACUAAUGUAUAACAAUGUUCGCUGGUUGAGCCGCGGGAACGUACUUCAAAGAUUUGUUGACUGCUUGGAAGAAGUCAGACUGUUUCUGCAAAAUGAGGAAAGAAUUGAUCAAUACCCUCAGUUGUUGGAUGUUAUGUGGCUUUCAAAAUUGAUGUUUUUUACAGACAUAUGCCAACAUUUCAAUGAAUUGAAUGUGAAGCUUCAAGGCACGAAUAAAACCAUUAUCGUCAUGACAGAUCUUAUUCGCGCAUUUGACGCUAAACUGCAUGUUUUCAGAAACGACAUUAUUACAAAAAACUACAAGUAUUUUCCAAACUUGAAAAAGAAUAUCAACGAUUUAGAUGUACAUGAGAAACCAGACGAAAAAAAAGUUACUGGAGAAUUUAUUUCUGUGAUUGAUUCUGCAAUCAAAGAAUUUUCAGCGAGAUUUUCUCAGUUCAAAGAAUUAUCGGAAACAUUUAAGUUCAUUAUGUACCCUGAUGUGACUCCAUUUGAUAAACUGAACUUGUCCCAAUUCGAUUGGAAUUUGAAUACUCGAGACGAGGAAAGAGAUGGACUAUUCAUCUCGGAUGACCUCAAGAGAAAUUUGGAAUUUUGUGGAAAGGGAGAAGGGUGCUUGACGUUGGAGAAAAGAAAAGAUGUCGGUCAGCCAUUGAUAAGUGCCUUUGUACAUAAAUGA